ACUGUAUUUUACUGUCGCUGCUUCAUCACCUGCUGGUCGUCUCUUUGCCUUUUCAGUAUUUUUAACGUUUUGUUUUCAGGAUCUGAGGCUUUAGAGGUGAAAAUCUCAGAACUGGAAGGAGAAUUAAAGCUGCAGAGAGAAUCACAGCAGUGUGUCGAGCAUGAGAGGGAUUCCCUAGUAGAUGAAGUGUACAGGCUUCAUCAGGAGGAACUGAGAUGGAAGGAGACGGAGCAGAAGAAGAGAAAUCUGGAGGCGGAGCUCAGUGACACAUGGAAGCUUCUGGACACAGAGAACGCAAAAUAUCACAGUAGUCAGCGCCAACAUGAGGCGAUGAUAGUGAAGCAGCGUGCCCUGCUGGAGCGUACAGAGACACUGGUACAGCAGUGUGAGGAGCUACAGGUUCAUCUGGAGAAGUGUGAGGAUGAGAAAGCUGAGCUCACUGACACACUCACACACACCACACAGGAGAAGAACACACUACAGGAACAGCUCACAGAGCAGAAGUCUGAGUUCCUGUCUCUAAAAGACGACAGAGAGAAGCAGUGUGUGCGACUCUGCGAGCUGGAGGACUGUGUGUCGAGGCUCACUGAGGAUUUACAACAAUCUAAAGAGAGAGAGAGAAUCCUGGUGGCUUUUCCUGAACUAAAUCCCCAACCCACUAAACUACAGAGUACAGGUGAUGUCCUGUGUGAUAUGGAGCAGCAGUUGAAGGUGAACUCGAUGAGGAUCAGGGUUCUGGAGCAGGAGAACGUGUCUCUGAUUAAAACCCUGGCAAAGCUGAAAGAUGCUCAGACCAUCAGACUCAGUGCAGGAGAUCAGACACCAGGUCCAAACUCAGGAAGCUCAGAAACGGACCGAAGACAAAGACCAACAGAAAACCAGAUGUCUUCUUCCUCUUCUUCCUCUUCUGUUUCUUCUGCUUCUACUGUUGCUCUUCAUCAUCAGACCCUCAGUCUCUCUGUUCCAGAACAGAAACGGCGCCCAGCUGCACGCACACGCUCUGCUGUGGUGAACCGUAGGAGGAAGUGAUGUCACCACCUGAUACUCACAUGCA